ACUCUUCAUAGGUUGUGUAUGUUAAAAAUCUGAAUUUGUAAAGUUACUAAAGCUGUCAGAUAAAUGUAGUGGAGUGGAAGUAGAUAGACUCAAUGUGUAGUUCUUGAGUACAUGUAACUGUCUCUGAUUUCAAAUUCUUGUUACAUCCAUGUUUUUAAUUUAUCUCACAAUAAAUGAUUCCACUCAGGCGUUAUUCUUCACUACAUCAUUAUACUACACAGUCAGGUACUAUUUAAAACAUGCAACACAGAAAAUGUGUGUGAAUGCCGACACCUGAAGCAUUACUGAAAAUACAGAAGUGCUCCACUGCAGAAAAACUUGUAAAGCUGAAAUGUAAAACCGGAAGAAUUGCAUUUCCCAAAAAAAGUGAUUGGUAGAAAAGCUGAAAGAAGAAAUACUUUGUACUUUAAAAGCAUUAAAGAUAGAAAAAAAGUUGAAUUACAAGCAUAAAUGUCUAUAAUAAUAAUAAUGUUGAUAGAAAUAUGUAUUUUCAAAUGAUUAUCUACAUGAACUAUUAUAAAGAACUGUGUUAUAAAUACAUUAAAGGUUGGCUCAGGGUGAGGGUUCAGAACAAACGUGUCUUUCAGACGAGAGAGAAGAGGAGGAAGAUGAAGAUAUUUCAGGGCUUGUUCUUCAUCUUCCUGUCAAGACUCGCCCACCACACCUUCAGACAUUGUUUUCUUCUUCUGCUGCUUUGUAAUGUAGACAUGUGUGUGUUUCAGAUCACAAGACGAGCAACAUGAAUCUGGAAGACGCUCUUGGUGGGUCACAAUGCGGACCAGGUCAACCAUCUAACCCCACGUGGCCUGCUGGAGGUGGAGGUGGAGGAGCCUGGCCUGGAGGUCAGCCUGGAGGUGGAGGUGGAGGAGCCUGGCCUGGAGGUCAGCCUGGAGGUGGAGGUGGAGGAGCCUGGCCUGGAGGUGGAGGUGGAGGAGCCUGGCCUGGAGGUCCGUCUGGAGGUGGAGGUGGAGGAGCCUGGCCUGGAGGUCCGUCUGGAGGUGGAGGUGGAGGAGGAGGAGGAGGUGCAUGGCCUGGAGGUCCGUCUGGAGGUCCGUCUGGAGGUGCAGGUGGAUGGCCCGCCCCCUCCACCCAACCAAGUGCACCUGGAGGAUGGCCCGCUCCUUCACCUGCACCAGGACCUGCCCCUGGGCCUGGAUAUGGACCUGGACCUGCCCCUGGGCCUGGAUAUGGACCUGGACCUGCCGUUUCCCCCCAAAAGAAUCUGGCGAUUCCGUACAGCGAAUCUCUGCCCAGCGGAGUUUAUGACAAACUGCUCAUCACCAUCGCUGGAACCGUCGCUCGCAAUGCUAAACAGUUCAAAGUGGAUCUGAGUACAGAUCACGACUUGGCCUUCCACUUGAACCCUCGCUUUAAUGAGGGCGGCAGGAAGCUGAUCGUGAGGAACAGCUGCAUCGGCAAGAAGUGGGGGGCAGAGGAGAGAGAGCUGAAGCAAUUCCCCUUCGUCGAGGGACAGCCAUUUGAGAUGAAGAUCAUGUGCACCAACAAAGAGUUUAAAGUGGCCGUCAACAACUCUCACCUGCUGACUUAUCAUCACCGGAUCACCAACCUGAGAUCCAUCAACAGACUCAACGUUUACCACGACAUCACGCUGUCCUGUGUCAAGUGUGAGACUAUGCCCUGAGGCAGAACACCGGAUCCACCCCAGAUCUAAUGGAGACCCACCACAGAUAUACUGAAGAUCGUCAGUAGAUGUUCUUCUAUACAUGAAACAUCCACAGACGGUUCUCUGUCUAUCCUCUUGUACUAGUUUUUUCCGUAUUAUUUGACGCUAUGAAUAAAGUGUUCAUCCUAA